GUAGCCCUCGGAGUCUCAGCACACUGCCUUGAGCUGAUGAAUGAAGUGGCGCGGUCGCAGCCGGUUGCGACAGGCAGUGGGGAAGGCGGUCCCAGAGGCAGGCUGCGAGCUGCUCCCGCUCCAGCAUGGCGGCGGCCGUGCGAGCUGCGGGCUGUCUCCCUGCGUUGUGUAGCGUGCCGGCAGGUCACUUCCUGUCUAGGCCACUCUCUUUAAACACCUUUCCCGCAGCAGCAGCUUCGUUUUUGGCAGUGAAGACAGCUCUCAGCCACGGCUCUUUGUCACCAAGUGGAAGAAGAUACAGCCAUUGCCUGAGCAGCUUGAGCCAUGCACUGCAAACACAGUGCUGCAUCUCCUCCCCCAGCACCUGGGUGGGCCAACAGUGUAGACCGUACAGCUUCUUCACCAAACUGACUGCGGAAGAACUCUGGAAAGGCGCAUUAGCGGAGACUGGCGCUGGGGCAAGAAAAGGCAGAGGCAAAAGAACAAAGAGAAAGAAGAAGAAGGAUUUGAACAGGGGCCAGAUCAUUGGUGAAGGGCGCUCUGGUUUCCUGUGGCCUGGCCUGAAUGUGCCUCUUAUGAGAAGUGGCGUCGUCCAGAACAUUGGCCAGAGAAGCAGAGAAGAGCAGGAGAAGGUGGAGGCCGACAUGGCCCAGCAGAGAGAAGAGUGGGACCGGAAGAGGAAGAUAAAAGUUAAACGGGAGCGCGGUUGGAGUGGAAACACAUGGGGAGGAGUCAGUAUUGGCCCCCCAGACCCAGGACCCAAUGGAGAAACAUAUGAAGACUUUGAUACCAGGAUUCUUGAGGUAAGAAACGUUUUCAAUAUGACAGCAAAAGAGGGAAGAAAGAAGUCGGUCCGUGUCCUGGUUGCAGUGGGGAACGGAAAUGGGGCUGCAGGUUUUGCUGUUGGAAAAGCUGCUAACCGGGCAGAUGCUUUCAGAAAGGCAAAGAACAAAGCGAUUCAUUAUUUGCAUUAUAUAGAACGAUAUGAAGGCCACACAAUAUUCCAUGAUAUUUCGUUAAGAUUUAAAAGGACACAGAUCAGGAUGAAGAAACAACCCAGAGGUUAUGGCCUCCGCUGCCACAGGGCCAUUAUCACCAUUUGCCGCCUCAUUGGCAUCAAGGACAUGUAUGCGAGGGUCACUGGGUCCAUGAAUAUGAUGAACCUCACCCGGGGCCUCUUCCAUGGCCUCGCCCGCCAGGAAACCCAUCAACACCUGGCGGAUAAGAAGAGUCUCCAUGUGGUGGAAUUCCGGGAGGAAUGUGGUCCUCUCCCUAUUGUGGUCGCCUCCCCACAGGGAGCCUUGAGUAAGGAGCCAGAGCCAGAGCCUGAGGUUCCUGACACCAAACUGGACUGGCAAGAAGUGAAGGCCAUGCAGGGAAUGAAGCGCUCUGUGUGGUCUGGUUUAAAGAGGCCGGCUACCUGAGCAUCCCCAGUUGGCCCAGCCAGUGCCUCGUGCCGUCCAGCACCGGAAGA